AUGUUUGACUCGAUGUCUAAUGAUAAUCAAACAGUACAAGAUAUAUUAGUCAGUAUACAUGCCUAUUGGAAAUUGUUAGCCAAACGUUUUAUUGAUUAUGCAGCAUUAUUUUUACGUGCUGGAUGUGUUUUUGACGCAUGUAGUGGUAUAGGAUAUUGUUUAAGACAAUUGCCUAUUAAGCAAAAUGAUUUUGUUGAUACACAUCUGGCUAAAGACACGUUCAUUCGAAAUAAACGAAAACAAUUACAGCAAACAAAAGAACGAUGGAAGAAAGUUUAUGCAAUACUUGGUGGUGAUUUUAUCACUGUGAAUGAUAAUGACACAUUGGCGAAUAUGUAA